UCACAGGUCAGAAGAAGAAGAAGAAGCAGAAACACGCGGCGCGGCACACAGCAGCACCACGCGCCCUGCCCCUGCCUGCCUGCCCGUGCCGCCGCCAUGAAGAUCGAGGAGGUGAAGAGCACCACCAAGACCCAGCGCAUCAACGCCCACUCGCACGUGAAGGGCCUGGGCCUGCGCGAGGAUGGCACCGCCGAGGCCAACGCGGCGGGGCUGGUGGGACAGGCGCAGGCCAGGGAGGCCGCCGGGUACCUGGUGGACCUGAUCCGCUCCAAGAGGAUGUCUGGCCGCGCCGCUCUCUUUGCCGGGCCGCCAGGCACGGGCAAGACAGCCAUUGCCCUCGCCCUCGCCCAGGAGCUGGGGAACAAGGUUCCCUUCUGCCCCAUGGUUGGCUCCGAGGUGUACAGCUCGGAAGUGAAGAAGACAGAGGUGCUCAUGGAGAACUUUCGUCGCGCCAUUGGCCUGCGCAUCAAGGAAGUGAAGGAGGUGUAUGAGGGAGAGGUGACCGAGCUGACGCCAGUGGAAACGGAGAACCCAAUGGGAGGUUACGGGAAGACGGUGAGCCACGUCAUCAUUGGUCUACGCACGGCUAAGGGCACCAAGCAGCUCAAGUUAGACCCAAGCAUUUACGAGACGCUGCAGAAGGAGAGAGUCGAGACCGGCGACGUCAUCUAUGUGGAGGCCAACUCUGGGGCGGUCAAGAGGCAGGGGCGCUCCGACACCUAUGCCACUGAGUUCGACCUGGAGGCUGAGGAGUAUGUCCCGCUGCCCAAGGGUGAUGUGCACAAGAAGAAGGAGGUGAUCCAGGAUGUGACGCUGCAUGACCUGGAUGUGGCCAACGCUCAGCCCCAGGGAGGCCAGGAUAUCCUCUCCAUGAUGUCACAACUCAUGAAGCCCAGGAAGACAGAGAUUACUGAAAAGCUUCGACUGGAGAUCAACAAGGUGGUGGACAAGUACAUCGACCAGGGCAUCGCUGAGCUGGUGCCGGGCGUGCUGUUCAUCGACGAGGUGCACAUGCUGGACAUUGAGUGCUUCACCUUCCUCCACCGCGCCCUGGAGUCAAGGAUCGCACCCAUCGUCAUCUUCGCCACCAACCGGGGCCGCUGCGUCAUCAAAGGGACAGGAGACGUGGUAUCAGCUCACGGCGUCCCCAGAGACUUGCUGGACCGCAUCAUCAUUGUGAGGAUGAAGCCGUACGGGCAGGAGGAGGUGGCACAGAUCAUACAGAUACGCGCCCAGACCGAAGGCAUCAAGAUUGAAAACGAGGCCAUCCAGGAGCUCAGUAGCAUUGCCGAGAAAGCCUCACUCAGAUACGCCGUGCGGCUUCUCACGCCCUCGAACGUUAUGGCGCAGCAGAACGGAAACGAAACGGUGACGGUGGAGGACGUGAAGGAAGCCGCAGAUCUGUUCAUGGACGCAAAGACGUCGGCGCAGAUGUUGGCGGAAAACCCGGAGAAAUUCAUGAAGUGAGCGGGAUCAUCGAAGUGAAUACUGGAAGAACAGUUGCAAAGUCACCACCUGGACAAUCAGCAUCUUUUAGUGAACAUGAGGCAGCCCAAAGUGGCCCCAUCACAGACAGAGACAGACAGACAGAGAGAAGAAGGAUAUUGAAGACUUAACCUUGAACAUAUUGAUAAUGGACAGGACAGGAGCAAAAAAUUCACCUUCCUCCCCUGAAUCUGUCUAAACCCACACUGGAAACUUUCAAUUGUAUUUCAUCAAUUAACUCGAGGGGAGACUCAUACACACUAGGAGGUUAGAGAUUGGAGAUGGGUGACUCUUAGUAUACCCAGCACUGUGACACAUUCCAAGGUGUUUUUAAGGCCAAGGAGACAAGUUAAAGUGUUAGAAAAUAUCAUAGUAAAGAUAAAAGAGACAAUGCAUUAUAAUAAGGAAAAGAAAGGCAGAAGAAGGGUUGAAGAUACAUAACAUAAGGGUUGGGAAAAUACAUUAGAGAGACAAAGUAGACAAUAAAAGAUGAGAAAAAAUAUAGAAAAGAGACAGACAGACAGAAUAUGAGUUAAGAAAAGGCAUUAUAAAGAAACUCAGACAAAGGAGACAGAAUUAGGCCCAAGAAAAAGCAUUAUAUAAGGGCCCACAACAAAUUCUCCCUUCCAUUCAGAUAAAACGAGGAGGAUGCAGAAAAAAUAUAUGAUUAAAUUGUUUCAGAGUUGCCGCAUCACUCAUCUUGAAAGAGCUUGUCAUAGGAGGUUGUAUUAGAUAACUAGCAUCUCGAUAUAAGUAUGCUGGACCCCCAAGGUGACAGACAGACAGGGAGGACAGUCUUGGAAAUGUGGAAAUGUUACCCAGAGACAAAUGGUUCAUCUAGAAACCCAUUAAAAUAUACACAAGAAAGAUUGACAAGGACUUUUUUCACAGCUCAGCAUCUCUAUAGGUAUGCUGGACCCCCAAGGUGACAGACAGACAGGGAGGACAGUCUUGGAAAUGUGGAAAUGUUACCUAGAGACAAAUGAUAAAUCCAUAAAAAUCCAUUAAAAUAUACACAAGAAAGAUUGACAAGGAUUUUUUUCACAGCUCAGCAUCUCUAUAGGUAUGCUGGACCACCAAGAUGAUAGACAGACAGGGAGGACAGUCUUGGAAAUGUGGAAAUGUUACCCAGAGACAAAUGAUAAAUCCAUAAAAAUCCAUUAAAAUAUACACAAGAAAGAUUGACAAGGAUUUUUCUCACAGCUCAGCAUCUCUAUAGGUAUGCUGGACCACCAAGAUGAUAGACAGACAGGGAGGACAGUCUCGGAAAUAUGGAAAUGUUACCCAGAGACAAAUGAUAAAUCCAUAAAAAUCCAUUAAAAUAUACACAAGAAAGAUUGACAAGGAUUUUUUUCAUAGCUCAGCAUCUCUAUAGGUAUGCUGGACCCCCAAGAUGAUAGACAGACAGGGAGGACAGUCUUGGAAAUGUGGAAAUGUUACCUAGAGACAAAUGAUAAAUCCAUAAAAAUCCAUUAAAAUAUACACAAGAAAGAUUGACAAGGAUUUUUUUCACAGCUCAGCAUCUCUAUAGGUAUGCUGGACCCCCAAGAUGAUAGACAGACAGGGAGGACAGUCUUGGAAAUGUUACCCAGAGACAAAUGGUUCAUCUAGAAACCCAUUAAAAUAUACACAAGAAAGAUUGAUAAGGACUUUUUCACAGCUUUUCUUCUUUAGCAUUCCCAGGACAUAGAGAUUCAGGAAACAUUAGUCUAAGUGAUCUUGGGACAUAGCUAUUAAGGAGGCAUUAGCUUGGAGUCCACUGUGCCAUAGGAUAUAAGGAGGCUACGAGAGGUCAGUCAUGCAACUCCAGAAAACCAGCUACCCACUAUUUUCCUUCCCUGAAUCCUAUCUAAACCUCCAAUGGAAACUAUCAAUUGUAUUUCCCCAAGCAACUCGAGGGAAGCCUGAUACACAAUAGGAAAUGCUUGAGGAAAGAGAUUGAUGAUGUAACCUUUGACUGCUGCUGGUGAUGACGCUGGGCAGGACAGGAGCUAGAAAUUGCAUGGAUUAUCAAAAGUAUUUACCCAAGCAACUCAAGGGACGGCUGAUACAUGAUAGGAGGUUUGAGAUUGGAGAUUGAUGAUAACCUUGGAUGUACUGAGGAGCAGGAGAGGAGCUAGAAAGUCUGGAUAAGCAAAAGUAUUACAGGUAAGCGAUUGUUGAUUAGUCUCGGGUAGAUCUUGCCAUCACUCCUGUACGUAUAUAAGGUGAAUAGUGUAAAAGAUAUUGAACAAAAGUAUACUCAUUACCAGAUUAAAAUUUCACAAGUGGGUUAUCUAGAUCUUGUUCAGCUGUGCACAAUAUAUUUUUCGAAUUUU